CCCUGCGCGUCUGCAGCUGCAGUCCUGCUGCGGGGGCAAUAGGACGGUACCUACACGCGUCGCACCUACGACGGCACGGUCGCUGUAGGAAGUCUGGGGCUUUUUUCGGUCUUUUUUUCCCGUCCAGCCGCGUUAUUCAAACCUGCAGAUCUAAGUAAACAAUCAGCGCGGCUCUGCGUGCAGAGAGACGCGCGGCGUGCCGCGUGCUGCCGGCCCAGCCAGUUUACUGCUCGUUUUUCUGGGCAAAUUUGGGAUCUGCAGAAUAUGGCGCCUUGUCCUUAUAAAAAUAAGACAGGCUGCCAUUUUUGUUUUCCUUUUGUCUGAAAUUUUUAAUAAAACUGUCUGAGAAUGUGGGAGAGGCUGCCGAGAGAGGCACCCUGGGAUUUGGCUUCCACCAGUCUUCAAAUGCGUGCGUUUGAAAGAAUUUUGCAAGUUAAUUUUUAUAAGCCUGUCGCCUUUAAUGGGAGGAUGACUUCACGAAUGCCGAUAGAUUAAAAGAAAAGUUGACAUGGCCGAGCCAAGGUUCAAUAAUCCAUACUUCUGGCCCCCGCACCCAACCAUGCCUGCCCAGUUGGAUAACCUUGUCCUCAUCAACAAAAUCAAAGAGCAGCUGAUGGCAGAGAAAAUCAGACCCCCACACUUGCCUCCCACGUCUGUGGCAUCCCAGCAGCCGCUGCUGGUGCCCCCCACGCCCGCGGAAGGAGGGCAACACGGCAUGGCUGUGGCCAAGCUUCAGCAGGCGCCAGGGCUCCACAGCCACAGCCCUGCCCAGCCCGACAUCGUCCUGCAUGCCAGAACUGCCCCAACCACCGUCGCAGGACGAAUUCUUGGCGAUGUAAACUUGAAUCUGGACGAUAAGACGGCCUUAAAAGCUAGAGGACUGUGGGAGGACUGGCAUUUACGACAGAUUAUAGACCAGCCGUCUAGAGCGAACCACCUGUCAGGUAUAGCUCUGUCCUCUCGUUCUGGAAACCACAGCACAUCAGAGGCCAACACCCCUGCUACUCCCACAUUGAGCAGCAGCCAGGCACGCCACGGCGGGACCUCCUCACCAAACCUCAUCUCAGGACUGGCCAGUGGCACAGGGAUGGAGGCAAUCAAAACUGGUGGUGGGCUGGCUGGACUGCUGGGACCGCCCCCCAAAACCGUAGGACGAGGCCGCAAGAAGAUCAAGGCUGAAAGCCCGUCUGGUCCUCUGCUGGUUGUGCCCUACCCCAUUCUGGCCUCAGGAGCCGACCAGUCAACCGUCACAAUCACUACCAAAGAGGGCAAAACCUACAGGUGUAAAGUGUGCCCGUUGACAUUCUUCUCCAAGUCGGACAUGCAGAUUCACUCAAAGUCGCACACAGAGGCCAAGCCACACAAAUGCCCCCACUGUACCAAGUCAUUCGCCAAUGCCUCCUACCUGGCCCAGCAUUUACGUAUCCACCUGGGCGUGAAGCCUUAUCACUGCUCUUACUGUGAGAAAUCCUUCCGCCAGCUCUCACACCUACAACAACACACUAGAAUUCAUACAGGUGAUCGGCCAUAUAAAUGUAUUCAGCCAGGAUGUGAUAAAGCUUUCACACAGCUCUCAAAUCUGCAGUCCCACCAGAGGUCACACAACAAAGACAAACCGUACAAGUGCUCCAACUGCUACCGCGCAUACUCUGACUCUGCCUCCUUGCAGAUCCACCUCGCAGCGCAUGCCAUCAAGAACGCCAAGGCCUAUUGCUGUAGCAUGUGUGGCAGAGCCUACACCUCUGAAACCUACCUGAUGAAGCACAUGUCUAAACACACCGUGGUCGAGCACCUGGUGAGCCAGCACUCUCCACCCCGGGCCGACUCUCCCAGCAUCCCCAUACGCAUUUCCCUUAUCUGAGCGGGCCACCCAGUGAGCCCCUUACAGUAACCAAACCAAAUCAGCUUUUCUUGGUGCUCUUCUUCUCCUUAAACAUUCCUUUGUUGCUGUAGGUUUUUUUUCUGGGAUACAUUCCAAAAUAUAUUAGACUGUAUUCGUGAUGUCUCUCAAAGAAGGAGGCCAAGUCAUUUAGAAGUCCUUUAUUCAUGUGUUCUCUCACUGUAACUGGGUGUGAAAUUGGAGAGGAGGGAAGAGUCAGGACAUCCAAAGACAGUUUUGCAGCACUUUCAAGCCACGUAGUAUUGGCUUAAAAAACACAACACAAGCUCAGUCUGUUUGGACGGUGAAGGCAUUGCUCUUGGCAGCUAAAUUGUUUUGAACGUUAGGUGUUGUGCAGAAUAAAAUUACUGUCUUGUUUACAUUCUGUUUUGUCCUGUUAGUAACCAUUACCAUAAAAUCAUGCUAAUGUGUGAUGUGUUUAGAACAUGGACCAAGUCCAACCCCAUCUCUUACAUUUUAGGAAAAUCUUGAUCAAAAGUUUGUCUCCUGGUUAAGAAAUAAAUGAUCAUUAUUUUUCUAGUUUGAAAUGCAUAUAUCCUUUGCCAGGCCUUUCUAAAUGUUUGAUUGUUAAGCAUUUAUCCAUCAAAGUGCACCGUUAUCAAAUGCAGAGGAAAUCAACAGAUUUCAAGGGUUUGUAUAAUUAAAAUUAGUCUUCUUAAAAGUUGUACGUUUUAGUGCCAAAAACUGAAAACAAAAUGGCAUAAGAUGCUGAUAUCUCUCGAGUCUGAUGUACAUAAUCACACGUCCACAGAUAUCUAAACAUAUCGACAUCCACCUGACACGUUACUUUGGGCUCUGAUACUUUGUAUGCUCGUCUGUGUUUCAUGUAUUAGGUCAGUUAUUGUGUCAAGUUUCCCCAUGUGUACAUAUUUUUAUAACACCUCUAGUCUUCUCAUACAUAUAUUGUUAUGGUUUUGUAUUAAAAGUUGCCAUUAGGCUACGUUAUUUUCUAUACUGUCAAGCCUUAACUACUUUAUCACUAAUUGUUUGACAUUUUAUAUUCAUGUUUACCAUAUUGGUUGUUCUCAUUGUACUCAGUACUAUUUGCCUUUUUUAAAUUUCCUAGCAUGGAUAUUCUGUAAAUAAACUCUAAAAUGCUUAUGUGUUAACCCAUUUAUAUAAAAUGUCUAGUUAUUAUUAACGAAUAUGUUUUUUUGGGGGGAGGGUUUGUGUUGCAUUGUGGUACAAUAUAAAAGUUGCCUUGGCUGCUAUAUACAAAGUCAAGACUUAGAAUGGACUUUGUAUAAAAAGGAGAAAUAAAUCCAAACCUCUGGGA